AUAUUAUAAUGUACCACAAUACCCCUACCGCUCACCAACUAACCGUAUAUUUCACCACCACGAACAGAGCACAAUCGCCCCCCUCGCGGCACUAUAUAAAUUCAGGCGUGCCCGCGCACAGAAGCAGGCUCGACUCAACCCAAAAGCACAGAGCUAGACUAGCGCAGCGGCUCGAACUCGUGGAAGCAAGCGCAGCUCACAGGCACUACCCAGCUCCGAGGCGAGGUGAGGCGAGGAGAACCAAGAUGGAGUCAUUGCUGGCAGCUGCGGCUGCCGGGGUGGAGCCGUUCCCGUCGGUGGACAAAUGCGACGCGUCGGGGCGCGGCUCGCACGCCGUGGCAGCCGACCUCGACGGGACGCUGCUGCGGUCUCGCAGCCCGUUCCCCUACUACGCGCUGGUGGCGUUCGAGACCGGUGGGUGGCCACGGCUCCUGCUCCUGCUUCUCCUCGCGCCGUUAGCCACCCUGCUGGGGAUCGCCGCAUCGGAGGCUGCGGCUGUCCGAGUGCUCGUUUUCGCGGCCACGGCGGGAGCGCGGGUGUCGUCGAUCGAGUCCGCAGCGCAGGCCGUGCUGCCGCGGUUCUACGCCGCGGACGUGCACCCGGGCGCGUGGCGGGUGUUCUCGGCGUGUUCCAGGCGCCGCGUCGUUCUCACCUCCACGCCGCGGAUCAUGGCGGAGCCGUUCCUGAGGGAGUGCCUCGGAGCCGACGCCGUGGCAGGCACCGAGCUCGCCACGUGGCGCGGCCGCGCCACUGGGAUGGUGCACACGCGCCGAGGUGUGCUCGUCGGGCGACGCAAGGCCGAGGCGCUGCAUGAGAUAUUUGGCGAGGAUGGCGACGUGCCGGAUGUCGGCCUCGGCGACCGCCGGUCCGAUUACCCCUUCAUGUGCCAAUGCAAGGAAGCGUACAUCGUACCGUCGGCGCCGGUGGAGGCCGUUAGCAUGGACCAGCUGCGGAGGCAGGUCAUCUUCCACGACGGCCGCCUGGCGCUCCGCCCGACGCCGCUGGCCGCGCUGCUGACCGUGCUGUGGUGCCCGGCGGGCUUCGUCCUCGCGUGCCUCCGCAUCGCCGCGGGGGCGCUGCUACCCAUGCCCUGGGUCUACUACGCCUUCUGGGCGCUCGGCGUGCGCGUCGUGGUCAAGGGCAGCCCGCCGCCGCGCGCCGGGAGCACGGCGGGCCGCACCGGGGUGCUCUUCGCCUGCUCGCACCGCACGCUGCUGGACCCCAUUUUCCUCUCGGCGGCGCUCGGCCGGCCCGUGGCGGCCGUCACCUACUCACUGUCAAGGCUGUCUGAGAUGCUCUCGCCGAUCCGGACCGUGCGCCUGAGCCGUAACCGCGUCACCGACGCCGCCAUGAUCACGAGGCUCCUGCAGGAGGGCGACCUCGUCAUCUGCCCCGAGGGGACGACGUCCCGAGAGCCGUUCCUGCUCCGGUUCUCGGCGCUCUUCGCGGAGCUCACCGACGAGGUGGUCCCCGUGGCGAUGGAGAGCCGGAUGGGCAUGUUCCACGGCACCACGGCGAGGGGGUGGAAGGGGAUGGACCCCUUCUACUUCUUCAUGAACCCCAGCCCGGUGUACACCGUCACGUUCCUGAGCAAGCUGCCGUCGGAGCUCACCUGCAGCAGCGGCGGCAGGCCAAGCCACGAGGUGGCCAACUACAUCCAGAGGCUCAUCGCUGCCACGCUCUCCUACCAGUGCACCAGCCUCACCAGGAAGGACAAGUACCGGGCCCUCGCCGGCAACGACGGCAUCGUGGACGUCAAGCCGGUGAACAAAGCACACUAGCUAAACGAAUGUUGCUUGCCCCGUGGCUAAUUCUGGUGUUUUACCAUAUCCAUAUUUAAUUAUUUGAUUUGCUUGUGUGGAUGUGCAUAUGCACCGGCAGUAAUUAUCUUCUCCUCUUUGAUUAUUACGUAUACUCCAUUUGUGAUCUUCUCUGAGCAUGUUACCAUUGUACCAGCUGGGAGUUGAAUGCAGUUUUACUACA